CGGGUGCUUGAGUUCCCCGCCGUUUGAGAAAGCAGCAGUUGUCAGGAUCUCGCCUUCAUAAUAACACCAAUGACGUCUUCUAAUCUCGGAUUAUGUGACGACUUUUAUUAACAUUUGGUCGAAUAUGUAGCUGUUUAUUCGCUCUUUAUUUUAUUUUAUCACACCCACAGCUGUCAUGUUACUCCCUUCUGACGUCGCUCGGCUUGUUUUGGGGUACCUCCAGGAAGAGGGGCUGUCAGCUACAAGCCAAGCCUUCAUCCAUGAGAGCCCAAACCUGAAGGAGUACGCCGAGCACACCACGGGGGACGGGACGAUCCCUGCCUGUGUUUUUUCUAUUUUCGGGAAGGGGCUGACAGCCAUCCUAAAUGAGUACGUGGCUGCGAAAGCGAAAGAGUCUGGACAUGAGGUCCCUCUUGUGAUGACGUCAUUGUGGAAAAAGCUGGAUUUUACCCUCAAACAAAUCAAGUCUUUGCAAAAUUCUCCUGCUAUAUCUGCAAGUCAGAGGACACGUUCACGCGUCGGGUUGGCGAACAUGGCUCGACGGCAGGUCCUGACAGUGGCAUCAUCCUCUGUUUCUGAAAGCAGUUCCUUCAUCAGCCCUGCGCACACCUCCCACAGCAUGCUGUGCCACUCCACCCCUGUGAGCUACACCGACCCUCUGAGCCGGCCACCACCCAGCAGCGGGACACAGCACCCAGUUCAUGAUGACAGUCGAUUACUAAAUACACCCCGAGAUUCCCCUGUACAAGUCAUUGUUUCAGAGCAUCGGCUCACUUCAGGCCCAAUUUCUCCUGGUCGAAGGAAAUGGGACACUCCCAGGAAGAGAAGUGGUCUGACUGGGUCAGGUGGUCCCAGUAAAUCUCCCUUGCCUGCCAGUAGUCUGAGUGCAGACGCGCAGCCGGAGGAAGUUGUCAAUGAGAACUUUCCACAACUCGUGAUACAAAAUGCUCGCGACAAGAUAUUGGGGGACAGGUCACUGCAGGAGAAGCUUGCUGAAAACAUCAACAAAAUCCUGGCCAAUGAUGCAGUACCCCAAACAUUCAAGACUUCUUCAAGCGCAGUGGAGCCAGACCAGUCUAUAGAUGAGAUUCUGGGAUUAGAGGAAGAAAUCCACAUGAGUGACGACGCCAUCCAUGAUAUUUUGGAGCAGACAGAAUCCGACCCGGCUUUUCAGGCCCUCUUUGACCUCUUUGAUUACCAUAAAAGUAAAAAUGCUGACGCAGAUGCAGAGGAUGAUGGGAAUACUUGUAUUGCAGAAGGAAAUGAGCCAAGCGGACCCUCAUCUACUGUCCAGGUCCUUCAAAGUACUGAUCCAGGUCCUGCUCAAAGGGAACCAGAUGCUUUAGAUGUAUUACCAGGGAUGCUGAAGGGGAGACUUGGGCAAGAGCGUAAAACCAGAAAGCCUACCAUGCCCACCUUGUUAAGAAAAACUAUUUUGGACUCGAGCAACAGAGCAUCCAGGAUUGAGAACAGCUCAGCCAGACUGUUGGUAAGUCAUGGAGAGCAGAGAGGCACCUCAUCUGCUGCAGGGGGCUCCACCAGAAAAGAAAAACCCUCGCCUUCAAGUAACAGUGGCUCUCUCACACAAAUGGAUAUAGAUGAGCCACUGAAUACACCGCCCCCUCCUCUCGACAGUUUACCCACUCAGGAAACUCCCUCAAAGGAAAACAUGGCCACUCCAGUUGCGCUCUCUAAAUCAGACACGGGUCCUCCAUCGAUAGACCCAGCUCCUCUUGGUGAAGAGAGAUCCACCUCAGAUGUUCACAAAAACCAUGAGCAUCAACAGGCAAAAAGAUCGAACAAGCAAACUGAUACAACUCCCCCAGCAGCUGUUAGUGGUCACCGUGAGCUUCUGUCCUCCGAGGAAGUUCAGAUUAACAACGCUGCUGGAAUGACUGCCAGCCAGCCUGAUGUGUUUUCUGGUGGAGACAGUCUGGCAUUGCCUCCAUCUGCUUCCCCAACAUGUGUUUCUGCAGCUGCUUCCACUCCUGUUUCUGCCUCAUCCACAUCUGGAGCUCCCGCUGCAACAGCUACCUCACCUGCAUCCUCCUCCUCUUCUUGUGUUCCAGUCACAGCAACGCACAGUCCUUCCGCUGCCACCAUCCCUGCUACCCCAUGCAAGGCUGGGGAACCGAGCAACAUCGUGUCUUUAAAGAUCAUCUUAAGUGACAACCAGGUCGGGGAUCCUUCCAGAGACGCAGCCUUAAAUCAGGCGGUUUCGAGUAUUUCUGGAGACAAGAUACCCACCAUCUACCUUUCCUCACCAGCAAAAUCACCUGGAUGUCCUGCUACUCCAAAGGCCAACUGCGAUGAAGCGGCACAGGCAGUGAGUGGCUUACAAAGGUCAGAGGGAUGCGCUAGCCCUCUCGUCUGCAAAGCAGGAGGAGUAAACACAUCCACAAUGAGUGGAGCGUCCCAGGCUCAACAGAGAUACAUAAUUCAACUCCCUGUGGACACCACCAACCCCAGCCUCCAAGGACCUGCUGCCAGCUAUUUCUUUGUGGCCCCAGCUCCAGAUGUUCAAGCCAGGCCAGUGCUGGUUCCUGCUGGAGUCCCAAACGGACAGCCUUUACCCACCAACCAGCAUGGAGUGACCAUACCAAGCUACCCCACAGGGCCAGCACUUAUCUUACCAUCACCUGUAAAGCCUGUGGUACUUCCUGCUUCUGUUUUGGGGCCGAACACAAUGGGAAACAUCCAAGUUGUUUCCAAUCAGCUUGUUGAUAGAACAAACCCCAAACCUGCACAGCCAGCAGAUAAAAUCAAACCCAAGCCCACAACGAUGGCACCUAAACAGUGUACAAAAUCAGGAACUGAGAAAAGUGUGACCGCCGCAGUUGUUCAGCCUGAACCUUCAGGCCAGAAGGAUACAGCUAAAAGAUCCAGUCAUAGGAGGAUUUUAUCUUUUGACUCUUCAGCAUCGGAGGUUCAAUCCCAGACUCCCAGAACAACUGGGACUCCAACACCUGCUGCAUCAAACACAUCACAACACAUCCAGCAGACAGAGAGCGAUAACAGACGAGGAGUCUGUCGAAGAAAACCUGCUAUCUUAGGUGGCAGCAAACCUAAGAGGAGGGUUGAGACUGUGAGAUGUUCAGCAGACCCUCAGGGUGGAGUUAACCUACUGAAAGAAGCUGCUAUUUUACAAACGCAGCAGAAAGAUUCUGUCAAAAAGACGCCUCGGAAACAGAUUCAUAUCAUUCAUGACCAGGAGCCUCAAAACGCAAGUACUAACAGGGCUUCAUUGCCUGAAGCUGAGAAGUCACAAUCAAGGGAGGUGUCAAAAUAUUUAGACGGAUUACCUAAUGAUGAUGAAUCAAAAGCUACAGAUGCUUCUAGCUCCAGGUCGCUGUCAUCUGAUUCUUUAUUCAGAUCAGGAACCAGGAAGGACAAUGAGGAGGUCAGCGGGAAAGAGGCUGGAGAAGAGGCUUCAUUGAAAUCAUGGGAGGGACGAACGGAGAAGAGGACUUCCUCUCAGGAGAUUCCAAAUGUCAGAGCAAACAAGGAGAAUGAAAUGAAAGGUAGCUUGCAAGAUAGAAAACAGCAGUCAACAACACCUUCAUCCUCAGCAUCAAGAGACUUUAGCCCUCCAUCUGUCACACAGACCAAGCCUACAAAGGCUGCAUCAAAAACUAGUUCUCUGGCCAAACACGCUGCUGAAAUUCUGCAAGACCUUCAAGUUCUCAGCUCUCCCUCCACUCCAGUCAGAAAGGCUGGAGUUGGCAGGUCAGACCUUAGUCUCUCUGGGGCUGACCGUACCCAUGAAGCACCUACUGAUUGUCACAGGACUCCUUCCGGUCAGAAAAACGCUAAAAAUGCAGAGGGGACUCCAAAGCAGCUCUUGCCUUCCAACACCCCAGAUGGGCCAACCUGCAGCCCUGCCAGCGAAGCUGGGAGUGAAAACAGCAUUAACAUGGCUGCACACACCCUCAUGAUUCUUUCUCGUGCUGCCAUUGCCAGGACAGGCACUCCGCUUAAAGACAGCCUGCGCCAGGAGGAGGUGGGAGAAAAGUCUCCAGCGAGUUCCAAAAGUACAAAGCGCAAGCAGUCCCCGGUCACAGAGAGCCCUCCCGCCAAGAGAGAACGUAAACGAUCUCCCAACAGCAAGAAAGACAAAGAAAGAAAGAAACUCAUUGACUGUUUCCCCCACGAUUUGGAUGUGGACAAGUUCCUUUCCUCUCUUCAUUAUGAUGAAUGAAAGUGGGCACCUACCAGAGGUGGAUGAACAUAUCACUACCAAAUCGGACUACUGUCCAGGAACAGAACAAACCAUUUGCUGAGCCAGUGUUUAUGGUUCCUAUCUAUGCCUCAGGACUUUCAAGAAGCAGUUGCUCAGCUGUUGUGGAACUUUGAUUUGACUCUUUUCCACUAUAGGUGAUCAGAAGUAAAAUCUCAGUUUAUGCAACAGUAAGGCAACCAUUGCACAUUUCAUGGUUUAAUUGUUUUAAUCGUCUACAUUUUUUAUUUUUAUUUUUUGCUGUUUUUGCUGCUUUUUUGGGGGCCACUUUGACGUAGUUAAUACUUUGUUUUUAUUGGAUGACUCAAAACAUUUCUUUGGUCAAUAUUUGACUGUCAUUUGAUGGAUUCAGUUAGCGCUGUGCGACAAGUUUGUUUGUCAAAGUACAUUGUUUGGAAAAUGCGUGUACCAGUAAUUUAAAAUACUGAUUUAGUGUUUCAAGUAAAUUAAAAAAAAAAUUAAAAAAAAGA